AUGCUCAACCCCGAAACGGGUGAGCCUGACGCCUCCGUACUUGAACGGAUGAUAGGCAUGAGCCGGGCCUUUCGGCGACUGCAGACCAAGGUGAAGCCUGGUGCGCGGUUGAUGGAUUUUCAAAGAACCUCCACUGGUCGCCUGAAACUCCUCCUCAAGGACUUAUACAACUGCCAUCAACGCUUACUUAAAAAGUCGAAAGGGAAAGACAGCAUCAGCAGCUGGGAAUGGGGCAUUUUCCUUGAAGUCGACGCAGCAUGGUAUGAGCCCACUAGCAGGGUUGCCCAACGCUUCAGUGAGUUUUCCCAAGAAGAUCAGAAAGUACUGGAUGCCAUGCUCGAAAAACGGCUGGACUGGCUUGAGACAUCCAAAGGCUGGGAGGCCAACAUUCGAGACUUCAUAAAGGCUCGCACGUACGUAAAGCAGCUGAGUGGCAUGGUAGGGAUCCUGCUCGAUCAGCUGACGCAAUGGGACAGUCUCGGCGAAGACGAGAAGCAGGUGUUGUCGGACUGCGCCUAUGCCGUCGCCACACCGUUUGGCAACGAGAUCCUAGGCAUCUUCGUGACGCGCCAACCAGAGCUGAUGGCGUACUACUCAACCAUGCUGGAAGACGAAAGAAAGUCCAAGCAGGUUUUCAAGGAUGCACUCGAAGAGCUGCCAGAUUUGCCCGAGGCGGUCACCGAACCUCCCGCAGCUAUUGUCUCCUCUGCCGCCCCGCUGAGCCUGUUUAAUCUCUACAGCGAGCUCUUCCAGUUGGCGGAACAAGCUAAAUCCGAUUCAGGCAACCUCCGAUAUGCGGAGCAAAUCGAGGCUCUGAUCACCUCGAACCUUCCUCGCCUGAAAGAGGAGUACUCACUCAGCGAUGAUGCCGUUCGAAAAAUACUGACUGAGUGCAUCGAUGCCCUGAUCAAAAUCGGCAGAGAGCUGUCACACCAGAUUUUCGAUGACGGUGAAUUCCUGUGCGCGUUCAAGGCCGCCUGGUUGGAGUACUUCAAUGAGCGGUUACAGGAUGAGGUACCGGAAACCUUCCUGGCUGAUUUGACCGAAGAGCGAGAGGUAGAGUCGGAGGGAAUCAAAUCCCGCCUUCAAAAGGCUGAAGCGCUUUGCGUCCAAAUCGAAAAUGACCUGGUAGGCUUGAACGAGAAGCUAAAAGUUGCCAAUUUCCGUGAAAAGAGCGAAUUACGCAGCAGCAUUACCGUGGCUGAAGAGUCGCGCGCAAGAAGCCACAGACUGCAGCAAGAAGUCGAACAGGAAGGCUGUGAUCUGCUGCUGCCUCCCGGCUACCUGCUCGAAACAUUGGACGCUGAGGGUGAGGGGCUUGUACUGACUCCUGAUGCUUAUCAUCCCUCAGCCAAGAUCGCACUUAAGGCAUGGUCAACAACCGCUUUGGGUGGCCUGGCGUCCUCUACCCUCCCCGUUCAUCCCAAACCCGACAGCGAUUUGACCGCUGAAGACCAGCAGGCGAGCUCAGCGUUUGAAACGGAUUCGGCUGAAGCUGAAGCGAGUAAUAAAGAGCCAGAGCCCCUUGACGAGCCUGAACUAGUUACUGAACCCGAAACGAUCGAAGCUCCUGAGCCCGAUCCUGAGCCUUUAGUCGGCUCAGUGGUUGAGCCUGUCUCCGAGUCUGAUGAACAGGCUGAAGACCAUAACUUAGCUUCAAGCCCCAUCGAAGUCACCGCCGCUGUAGAGGAGCCAGACGGGUUCAUGUCGGCUGAUUCGGCGGAAGAUGACGUCAACAUUUCUCAGUUUUUCAACAAGCCAACGAAAGCGCGUGAGCGACUGGAGCAUUGCCAGCAAACAAUGGAUGUCGUUCCAGCCAUUGCCGUCGAGAACCUCGCAUUGCUAUGGAUGAAACGUGGCGAACUUCCUCUAGCCAGCAAGACGCUGGAAAUCGCUGGGCGAAUGGGCCUGGCAGGAGAUCUGUUAUCGCUGCCACUGGUUCAGGCCGCGUACCACGGCAUGCAUGUUUGGCGUGGCGAUACUGCAACCGUAACCCGGGUUCAGCAGAACCUGCACCAGCUUUCCUCGGAGAUCAUCGAGGGUUGGAUCUAUCGACGCCCAGGGGGACGCGUUGUUCCCUAUCUGGUGUUUGCCGCCACCCUGCAGCCGACGCUGUUUUUCGGCAUGAUGACCAACGCACCACGCCUGCUCGCAUCCGUCCUGAGCAACUUCGACGGCCCCGUUUCCAGGCUGAUCGAAGAAGUCGUCGAUUUCUCGAGCCACAACACCCGGAUGGAUGUGGACACCCUCCGGGAACAGCCAACAAGCAACGACAAGGAUGCGCGAGACAAGCGCGCAGCACGCCUUGUUGAAUGGCAAGACCGUAUCCAGAACAAGCAAACUGGCUGGGCCCCGGCACGCAAAGCGAUGAAGGAAUGCUUGGCGCGCGCCGAUUUUAUUCUCACCUACGAGAGCAUCAUCAAAGAUGAUGCAUCGCGGAUCGACGAGGUUCGUGCGUUUGCUGAUCUGUACCGAGACAAGGACGAGCAGUUCCGUCUCAUGACUGCUGAAAUUCAUAAGGUGAUGAACGAAAGCACCGCUGCUCCUCAAAUCGAAGGCAACGCUCGGAACUGGUUCCUGCGCUCGGUCGACGAGAUCGUGGAAGUCGCGGAUGAAUGGAUCGAAGUUCACAGCCUGUUGGGACAGCGUACCAGUGAGGUCAGCAAGUUCGCUCCACGCUUCCUGACAAUGCUUUCGGCAGCAUCCGCCCACUUAGAGGAGCGCUACCAGAGCACCGAUGACCCAGAACAGCUUGCUGGCCUGCACCUCGCCAUCGCAGUCCUGCAACGCAUCAAUAAUGUGGUGGAGCGCAAUGAAGAGACCAUCUGGGAGGUCUCGCGCAUCAACGGUUGGCUUCAAUGGCCAACUGAGUGGCUUGCGACCUCAACAGACGACAACGCAUCCCACCAGCUAGCGCUUCUGACGAAACUGCUUGAGGACGGCAUGAGCGAUUUGGAACUCGCCGACCAGGCUCUGGAGCGCAAGAAUUUCCGCCAUGCGUUGCUUCUGACGCUCAAUUAUCAAGACUCGUACAAGGGAUCGAUGACUGAGAACAUCGAGGCGAUCAAGCGCGCCUUCUCGGAAGAAGUGCACCAGUGCAAUGUCCGAAGCGAUAUGCUGAGGGGAUUGUUGGAUCACGCCAACAUUGCCUCGCUGAUCGACGAUGAGCGGCAUUACCAACUGCGCGGCGAGCUUGAGCACCUUCAGGAUCAGCUCAAGAACCUUCGAGCUCUGGAUGACCUCGGCGAGAUCCAUCAGAGCUUGGACACGCUUCAAUCCAGCAUCGAAACCAAGUUCUCUACCAAGAAAGAGCUCCUUGAGGAGGCACUGGAAGCGCUGGUCAAUCAAGCGUUGAUAGAUCGCGGCGUAGAUUGGGUGCCUGCAACCUGGCUUGAGCAGAUCCGCGCAGCGCUUAGUACUCAUGACACGACCGUCGUCGAGGAGAUGCUUGAGCAUUUGAAGCACUCCCUGGAUAAGGGUGAGCCCCUGCAGAGCGAUACUGAAUCGGGUACCGAGCUGCUAAAGCGCUUCCUCCUUCUAGAGCCUCAGCUGUAUUCGGUUUUGAGUGACAACCACAAUCCACGUGAAGUGAUCCGUCAUUUAUCGAGCGCAAGGCUGCCCGGUUUGUCUCUGGAAGCGAUCCCAUCCUGCUUCAAACAGGCUAUUGAGGAUCUGAUCAGCCUACGCCGUCGCGUUAAAUCGUUGGACAAGGUUACCUACGAAGAACUGGUGCAUGUCCUUUGUGCAUUAGGCUUGGACGCCGUUACCCCCGCCUUCAACAACUCAACAUUGAUGCGUACUGGCUUUUUAUCCAGGGGGCGUAUCGCCCAUCUCACCCUCGCUGUGAAAUGGCGUGACACAGGGCGAGGCAUCGUGUUCUUCGAUCAGAAAUCGGAAGUGCAGGCCAUCAAUGUGCUGCUCGCAAACUCCGAGUGGACGCUGGCUGAGCUGCGUAAGGUACUCACUGAGCAAACUCAGUUCCUGCACGAUCGCACAGUCCUGAUCUCAACGCGGGAGCUCUCGAAUGAUGAGCGCAACGAGCUGGCCAAAUUCUCCAAGCAGCAGCGGCACACGUUGCUUCAUGUUGAUCCCGUCCUCCUGGCGAUGCUUGCCGGCGUUGGUGAUUCGGAUCACCAACGCCUCAAGACCUUCCUGCAGCUGAGCUUGCCAUGGACGUUCAGCAACCCUUACACCGGUGAGCAAAUGCAGCCGGCACCGCCAGAAAUGCGUUACGGACGGCAGAACGACGUCAAGUCCCUGAUCACCAUGCGCAACGGCGCAGCCAUGAUCUUCGGCGGUCGCCAACUGGGUAAGACGACGUUGUUGAACGAAACUCAACGACGGUUCCACAACCCUGAUCAGCGCCACCAUGCCUUUCUGUUCCAGAUGGACGGAAACCUGGAUCGCGCGAACCUGUCUGGCAACGAGCUAGAAAAGCACCGUAAUCGCGUCUGGGCGAACAUCUACAGUGCUGCUGUGUCCGCCGGGAUGGUUAAUGAAGCGCCUAGUCUCGACGCAGCCCAAAUGAGCGACGCGCUGCGCGAGUACUUCGCGAAAGACAACCCUGACGCGCUCAUGGUCUGUCUCGAUGAAAUCGACCCGAUUCUGGGGCUUGAUGCUGCCAACGGCUUCCGUAUUUUCCGAGAGCUCAGUGGUCUCGUUAACAACAGCAAUGGCCGCUUCAAAGUUGUGAUUGCGGGCCUUGAGAACGUUCGCCGAUUCGCGGACGCGCCGAACUAUCCGUUGCAUCAACUCGGUAGUGCGAUCCAGGUCUCGAUCAUGAGCCCUGCAGAGGCGCUACAACUCAUUCGCGAACCUCUUGGGCAUCUGGGAUAUGAGUUUGAAUCCCCCUUGGUGAUGAACAGGAUUCUUGUCGAAACCAAUCGACAUCCCGGUCUGAUUCACAUCAUCUGCCAUGAACUGAUUCGCAUCUUGAAUGCCCGCCAUAGCAGUCGGGUUGGGUCGAUCGUCAUCACAGCUGAUGACAUCGAACAGAUCCGAAAAGAUGCAGGGAUUCGGCAGCUCAUCUGCGACCGCUUCGACAUCACGCUGAACCUCGAUCUGCGCUAUAAGCUGAUUGCGUACAGCCUGAUUUCACAUAGCACCAGCACCUUCUCGCCUAGCCUCGCCAAGGCCAUUGUGCGGGAGUGGGCUCCGCACAUUUUCGAACCAAUGACCGAUGCACAAUUUGAAGCAUUCCUGGACGAACUGUGUGGUCUCGGAGUCUUGCAGCAAACGCGACGCCGGGAGGGUGGCAAGGAGUACGCCCUGCGCAACGCCAACAUCAUGAACCUGAUUGGCGGGCAACAGCGAAUUGAAGAUAAGUUGCUGGAUGCGGUUGAUGCAAUUAAUGAGAACGACGCCCUGUCAGCGCACGCUUUCCCAGGAAACGCUACUCGUCCUUCACCCCUGACGCUUCGGGACGAGAAAUUGCUCAUCAGCGAAGAGGUACGAGAGAAGCCUACGUUCGGUGCCAUUGAGGCACGCUCUUCAAACUACUCCGUGGGCAUCAUCACGGGCUCCGAAGCCCUGGGACUCAACCCUCAGUGGAUGAUUGAGUCUCUCUUGGCGAUUGGCGAAGAAGAGCCGGAGCUCAACGCGAACCAGACCUCCGGUCGUUACUUUCCUGCCCACAAGAAAGACACCGACCUGGCCAGCGCCAGUGAAUUCAAGAAGCUGCUGGUCGAUGGCGUCAUGGGUGUUCAAGCCCUACGCAAGCACAUCAUGCUGUUUGUGGAAAUCACUGGUGAUCAGCCCAUCAGCAUGGCGCUAGAUUUGCUCGACGUAGCCCAUGAGGCGCGCCUGAUCACCAACGCCAAACGCAAUCGCGUUCGUGUCAUUUUCCUUAUGUCACCACGCGCUCUGUGGCAGUGGGAGUCUCAUCCACAGCUGAUUGAAGGUCGCGAAGCCAUGCAGCCCUUCAUCGCCCUGGAUGUAUGGAAGAAGACCGCUCUGAUUCACCUACUGAACAAGCUUGAGCUUGAAAACACCUCUACCUCGACCAAUACGUUGCAAGACUUCAGCCAGGGCUGGUACUUCUCCCUGGACAGGCUGCUGGCGGCCAAGAAGAAGAAGCCCGAGAUUGUGAAGGUAAACGGCUUCGGUGCGGCUUAUACAUCGCUGCUUCAGGCCAAAUCCAAAAGCAUGGAUGAAUUCCUUGGCAAAGCGGGUGUAACCGCCGUCAGCUGGGCGCGGCAUGUGUUGAGCGCACUGUGUGAACAAGAGCGCUUUGACGAAGAAGAUAUCGAGCUGCAGCUCAUGGACUCGUAUGGAGAUGUCAAUCCACAGCAGGCGCUUCGUUGGCUGACACGUCUGCGCCUGAUCGCCCCAUGCGAAGGCGUGACGAAGAAGAAACUCUAUAAAGUCCCAGACAGCAUCAAAGCUGCCCUGCUCGUUAAAUCGCCGCAAGAAGCCAAGGCU